ACUCGUCCCACUACGUCACUUCCUGUUCCUGUGUGCUCUCUCAUUCGGCAAAAGAAGAUGGCGGCUUUCGGACGAAUUUCACAAGUUCUCUAUCGCUCCACUUUGACCCAGACCCGGCGUCAGCUCUCCGCUGCAGUGCACGGCGAGGAGCACCAGGCAGCCCGCACAUGGAAGAUCCUGUCCUUUGUGGUGGCCCUUCCUGGAGUGGCUGUGUGCAUGCUGAACACGUUCCUGAAGAUGCAGCACCACAGCCAUGACCAUCCAGAGUUUGUCGCCUACAGCCACCUGCGCAUUCGCAGCAAGCGCUUCCCUUGGGGUGAUGGCAACAAGUCCCUCUUCCACAAUUCUUCUUGCAACGCUCUCCCUGAUGGCUAUGAGGAAGAUGAACAUUGAACUUCUCUCCGUACAGUGAAAAACGGCUCACUGUCCCGGGACCAGAGACAACCUUCCGUACUCCCCUGGUUUGCAGACCAGUGUCCGGACCAUACCACCUCAAGCAGUUUACUGCCCUCUUUAAAUUGUGUUUACUUGAUCCAGUGUCUUUACUCAAGACACCCUAUUCAGUAGUUACAUUUUUUGGUCCAUGUACACAAUGUUUGUUCUAACUUAUCCUAAAUAAAAUAAUUCAAUUAUUACUGGAA